UUACAACUUAAGCUCAGUUCAUUCCCUUUCUUAUAGUGAAAUGCCUAUUCGUUCAUUAAAAAUGAUUAUUACUUCUUUAAUGCCGUUUCUUUCCCAUUUUCUUAACAAACUAGAAUCUAAAAACUGAUCGAAAGUGCUUGAUUUGCUAGCACUGCAUAGUGGAAUGUUCCUAUUGGUUUGUUAAUGAAGAGAGAAUAACUUCCUGGUUAAUGGUAAUUUUUAAGAACUUUAAAAAAUAUUAAAAUAUGAAGUAAAGUUAUUCAUACUAUAAUUUUAAAUUUUACCAAAAAUAUUACUCCUGUGGUGUCCAUUUAAUUUGACAUUAUACGACACGCAGUGCAUGCGGAUUUAGAUUGUUGACAAUUGUGCAACACAAACAACACAUCACCGCGGAAAGGAGGGCCCCUUAAUUCUACCUCCUUUUCCAAUUUUUCGCUUUUUAUUGUUAAGUAAAAUGAGAUAAAAUAGUGUAAUAAUUGUUACCUUACCUUCAGGGCUUGUGUUUAAGUAAAACAGUUCACUGCUCGAAGCAACCGGCACGCCAUGCGACCGCCUGGUGUUAGUAUGCGGUUAUGUAAAAUGUUCCCACUGGUUGGGAAUGUGGUCCGGAAUGCCGGUUCUGCGACAUUGCACCAUCGAUCCUACUGCACGCCGGUUGUAAAUAUUUUCGAUCGCAAUGUGAAACGUCUGCAACGGGAACGAGCUGCCAAACGUGACGAUGUGGAGCUGUACGAUUACAUCAAGGAGGAGGUGGGCUACCGGCUGGCCGACCGUAUCUUCGACAUCAAGCGCCAGUUUACGAAUGCGGUCGAUCUCGGUGCCGGCCGUGGGUACGUCACCAACCACGUGCUGGGCGAAACGGUCCAGAAGCUAACCGCCAUCGACCUCAGCCCGGCAAUGCUGGCCCAAAUCAAGGGUUCGCCCGGGCUGGACUUUAGCGUGCGCGAGAUGGACGAGGAGCGGUUCGCGUUCGAGCCGGAUUCGCUCGAUCUGGUCGUGUCCAGCCUGAGCAUGCACUGGAUCAACGAUCUGCCGGCCUGCUUUCGGGCGGUGAAUCGUGCCCUCAAACCGGACGGCGUGUUUAUCGGGGCCAUGUUCGGCGGGGACACGCUGUACGAGCUGCGGUCGGCCCUGCAGCUGGCGGAGCAGGAGCGAAGGGGUGGCCUCGCGCCGCACGUUUCCCCCUUCACGCAGAUCCGGGACGUGGGCAUGCUGCUGAACCGGGGCGGCUUCACCAUGCUGACGAUCGACACGGACGAGCUGGUGAUCGGGUAUCCGUCCAUGUACGAGCUGAUGUUCGACCUGCAGGGGAUGGCGGAGAGUAAUGCGGCGUUCAACCGACCGCUGCACGUGGGGCGGGAUACGCUGAUGGCGGCGGCCGCCAUUUACCGGGACAUGUACGCCCGCAAGGAGGAGGGCGUGUCGGCCACGUUCCAGAUCAUUUUCUUCGUCGGGUGGAAACCGUGCGCUAGUCAGCCGCAGCCGGCAGAGCGCGGAUCGGGCACGGUUUCGCUGAAGGAUCUCGGGAAGGUGAUGACGCCAAAGGGUGCCGGCAGUUCGGGAUGUAAAAGUUGAGCCGGGGAAGCGAAAUCGGGGAAGCGGUUUAAAGUUCAAGACCACGUUUAUUAAUGUAAUAUAUAUAGGAAAAGGAUGGUGGUGCAGAAAUGUUCUUUUUUUUUGGUUUGCAAGUUUUUUUAUACCCAAUCACACUAUUCACUAUCAGAGCUGACGACAACAAGAAGAUAGAAAAAAUGAACAGCACAAAAACACGCUCCUGCGCGCCUACUUUGAUGUCCUAUUUUCUACGCGUGUCUCCCUUCCCAACCGUCGGUUCCUUGUUUUGUUUUUUUUUGUUUAAACUCAAACUCAACGUAACGAAAUUACUUAUAAAAUAAGUGAUUAUAAUAUGUGUGUAACGAAGCAAUAAAAUAAAAUAGACACUGCGAGACGCAAAAAAAA